AGAUUCUCCUUCUCUCUGCUUCCGUGGAAAUUCUCUGAAUGGGUUUCUUUCAUGACCUUUUUGAUGUGCCUUUGAAGUCUGUGUGACAAUGUGAGAAAGGAGGAAAAGCCAUCAGGAUGUCAAAAGAGAGAGAAAAAGAGAGUUUUCACGAUCCGAUCAAAGUCUCUUGUUACAUUCAGAUCAGCUCCGAGCAGCAGGUGCUGCUUUCCAUGAAGAUCAUGAAGCACAGAUACAGCCCACAGUAAAUACAACCACAAAACUGUUUAACAAAACCAUCAUACUAGCAGGAGUUUGAUUUCUUCAGAUCAGAAAUAACCUUUACACACUGACUGAGUGAAUGAAUGCACAGACACGUCUAUAUUACAGCCCUAACCGCACAGGUCAGACAGUGAUGAGUGUUUGUUGUGUUCAGUCUUUAGCAGGUUUUGCGCUGGUCGUCAGCAGUGAUGGGAUGGUCUUCUACGCCUCCUCCACCAUAGUCGACUAUUUGGGCUUCCACCAGACGGAUGUGAUGCAUCAGAACGUGUUCGACUACAUUCACGUGGACGACCGGCAGGAGUUCAGACGGCAGCUGCACUGGGCCAUGAACCCUUCGGCUCAAAGCGGCUCGGGUGAAGAUCUUGUGGUCAGCAGUUUGUUUCAGUCUGAGACGGGCGACGUUCCUCCAGAGUUCUCCUGCUUCCUAAACCGCUGCUUUAUCCUGCGCGUCCGCUGCUUACUGGACAGCACCUCCGGAUUCCUGGCGAUGCAGUUUCAGGGAAGACUGAAGUUCCUUCAGGGUCAGAGGAAGAAGACGGCGUCCGGAGCACUCCUGCGUCCUCAGCUGGCGCUGUUCUGUGUCGCUGUGCCUCUGCUCCUGCCCUCCAUCACCGAGAUGAAGAUGAAGAGCGGCGUGAUGAAGGGCAAACACAAGAACCCUGGCGUUCUCACCUCGUUAGAUCACAAUGACAGAGACGAUGCUCUCAGACGUGCCUCGCUCCUGAGCAAAGACAGCGUCAAGUACAAGAGCGAAGGGCCCUAUGGCCCCGAUGAGCCUCUGAGCUUCUGCAAGACGAGCGUUCAGAAGUUCACAAACCUGGACUGCGGCGCCUGGCCCUCGAGAAGCUCCUCGGUCCUCGGCAAACACUACGCUAAACCGUAUCGAUCGGCCCUGGGAUAUUACAGCUCCAGAGCCGAGGCCUUCGUCCCCAAGCCCUACGGGAGCGACUGCGGCGCAGACAAGAGCGAGGGCUUCUGCUUUGACGGAUACGACGCGGUGCUGGAGCCGGUGGUGAAGGUGGAGCAGGACUCGGACUCGGAGAACGGUUCGUGGACGCAGAUGAAAGCGGAGCCUGGAUUCGGAGAGCAGUACUCCUGCCAGCGGCUGAAGGGAGCGCCGUACGCCGGACAUUAUUACAGCUCGACCCGAGCGCUCAAGUGUGUCCUGAACCGAGACACAGCGGCCGCCAGCGCACACAACACACACUGCACCGACGCCUACGCUGCUGACUACAAAGGGUACGUGCAGCACGACUAUAAAGCGGGUAACGAGUUCAAAGGUCACGGCCUGCUUCACUGCAUCAAGCAGGAGCCCGUGGACGCUCCGCUGUGGCACGAUAUGAGCGGCGCACACAAGAUCAACCCCUACGUCUUCAUGCAGUAGCUUCACUCUCGUUCUGUCUUUAUUCAUUUUGAAACUGGAAAUUCAUGCGGUACGUUUCUAACCCACAAUCAUCCUGUUGUACACACACACACACACACACACACACACACACACUCACUCACACACACCCACACACACAC